UGACAAUGCACUUUCUACUGCAAUUUUAAAGCGUUUAAGGACAGCAGCGUUUUGCAGCUCAAGCUCCUGCCAAAUUUGCUCCUCAUCAAAAUGUUCCACCACAAGCUUUGCCAGGGGACUGGCGUUAAAACCACCGGGCUCCUGUGAUUUGUGCAGGUCAUAGAGGCUUUUGGUAAUCGAUGUGAAGUCAGCGGCCACUUCAUUCUGGAGGCUGCAAAAGUAGUCAAGCAAUGAGAGCGACGAAUUCAAGGUAAACAGGCUCCACGAGAAACACUCGAUCUGCGUUUGGUUCCGGGGCUUGAAAAUGGCGUCUACAAUGUUGAAGGUUGUGGCUGCAGGUCUUCCCAGAUGUUGCCGCCUGCUGAGAAUGCACUCGACAACAGCCGCCCUCCACCAAGGCCUUCCCGGCUCUCUGUGGAAGCUUGGAAGGCUGAACCACAUCGCCAUCGCUGUGCCUGACAUAGACAAGGCCACAGCAUUGUAUCGAGACACUUUGGGAGCCACAGUAAGUGAGAAAGUGCCCCUCCCGGAACAUGGUGUGUACACUGUGUUUGUGGAGUUGGGCAACACAAAGCUAGAGCUGCUCCAUCCCCUCGGCGACAAGAGUCCAAUUGCUGGCUUCCUGCAGAAGAACAAGGCUGGUGGCAUGCACCACAUCUGCAUCGAGGUUGACAACAUCAAUGCAGCAAUAGCGGACCUCAAAGCCAAAAACAUCAGAACUCUAUCAGCCGAGCCCCGGAUCGGAGCUCAUGGAAAGCCAGUGAUGUUCCUCCACCCUAAAGACUGUGAUGGUGUGCUGGUGGAGCUCGAGGAAGCAUGAACUUGCUCCAUUAGAUCCGUAUAUGUUCAGGAAGAAUUCAGACGUGGUACCAGCUCUUUUGACCGGUGUGUGCAUUUGUAUUUUCUCACAUUAAAUCCUACUCUUCAGUUCAAAUCCAAACUGUUGAUUUGAUUUGUGGGUAACACAACUUAACAGUAUGGCUUUGGUAAUUGUGAUGGUUUUUCUGUAUUUUUCUUAACGUGAGAAAACAACUUCAGCAAUUCAUCACUAUCAAGAGUAAAGUUCAGGCUUGCUUCACCUAAUGCUGGUCUCCUUCAAAACUAGAUGAUUAUUUCUCUCCUCUGUUGAAAGCCAAGUUUGAAUUUAGAACGGUCGUUGGAACAAUAUUCGCCAUGACAACUUUCCCUGAUGUGACAUUGAACUAUGAAACUAGAAUCAAGUGGUUCAUGCUGCAGCCUCACAGAGGUCUAAGGUUCAAUACCAAGACCACACUGAAGAUAAAACAAACUGCUAGUGUGUUUAAAUUAAAGCAUUUCAGCUGUCUUUUUAAAUUUAUUUAGCACUCAACACCUAUUACACCUGAAGUCUUAAUUUCCAAUGUUGUGAGUCGUUUACAACCAUCCUGUGUACGUGACAUUUGGCAUUGCAGGGCCGAUCCACUACAUUAAAAAGAAGUGUUGUUGCAUAAAUGUCCAUCUGUCCACAGAUUAUAAUUAGAAACAUUCCGUAGAGCAGAACUUUCUCUGAAAAAGGAAGUAAAACUGCGAUUAUCUGAAAUUGAACUUUUGUUGUUGCAGCUGCCACAUACAGUACAACUAACUUGGUAACUUUGACUCCAUACAACAUUUAAAUACUCACAUCAGACUCAAAAAGGCACUGUAUAAACAAAAUACAUCACUAUUAUAAUAGAAACAAAAACAGGCAAAUGAUUUCAGAGGGUUUGGUUUAUUAAGAUAGAACAGCUUUGGGCAAUAAACAGAAAAUGUAUCGUUACUAUCAAGCGUGAGGCUACAGGACGUAAUCGAGAUUCUCAGAACACACGAUCAGAGUAACAUGGAGGACAUGCGGUCCAAGCUUGACCAAUAUCAGAGCUUUAAAUUACCAGCAGAAGCAUGCAAACAUUGUACAUUGUAUUUGUGUAUAAGAUAAGAAACAAUAUAUUCUCAGAGUGGAUUUAACUGGAUUCUUUGCCCAAAGUGUGUUUGUCAAACAGGUACUCUGCCAUGCCGUUUUGAGGGGCCCCCAUGCGCCGCAGGUUGGUCACCCAGUCUCCCAGUUCUUUGAUGGAUUUCACCUGCUCGUCCAGAUAGUGGGUUUCAAUGAAGUCGCACAGCUGAAGAAAAAUGAAUCAACACAAACAUGAGUCGCAGCAAAUGCUAUCCAAAAUCAACAACCCACUCCACUGGUGGACAAUUACAUCAUUACCAGACAUUUGAACGUUGAAGAGCUGAGCGAUAACUAAGACGGUGGACUCACGUGUGGGUCAUUGUGGUCAGAGCAGAGCUUGUGCAGGUCAAGUAGUGACUGGUUGACACUCUUCUCCAACUGCAA